CCUAAAUAGCUUUAGCAUCGGUUGAGAGCUCUCAUUUUCCCCAAAUCGACCCUCUCUCAUUUUCCCCCAAAUCGAUUGAGAAGUCUGACGGUCAUUGCUACUCCGGCGGGCCUCGUGCUUUAUUUUUCCCCUUUUGGUGGACUGGGUAUCUGGAGAUUGUUUGACAUCUGCGCUAUUGCUCUGGUGGCUAUUUGUUGUUUGGCUAGAGCCUAUACCGUAGAUGGGUGCUUCAUCGACGUGUGAGACCGUUGGUUGUUCUACCAGUACAUCCUGAUUGAAAGCCUAUGCCAGCUUACUGGGAAGCCUUGCUGCGAAUAUAUCUCAACGUCUGUUUGCUUGAGAAAAGAGCUUCCCUUGCAGAAAAUUUGGUUGUAUGGGAGGCUAUUUUAAAGGUUGCUCCCACUGAUAGUUCAUAUUAGUCCUAAUUCAUUGGCUGAUUUAUGCACCAUAGUUUUGCAUUGGAAGCUUGGGAAAGUCAAAUUCAUGGGCUCAGGUGCACAAUGUCUGUGUUGAUGGAGCAUAUCUUUCCAAUACAAAAAUAGUGUCGGGAUUAAGACUUGGCAGGGAGGUCCAGGACUUGUGAGAAAGAUUAGCUUUAUGAACGUGUGGAUGGAAAAUGUGUCAAAUCCCAUCAUAAUUGAUCAAUAUUAUUGUGAUUCUCUACUGCCCUGCCCAAACCAGUUGCAGGUGAGAUAGACUAUUGUGAUCAAUAUAUGCAUGGCUGUGGAGCUGAUACAGACUAUGAAUGAUAACUACCUUAAUGUCUGACGGUGUUCCUGGACUUCAGGCAUGUUACAAAGAGUUGAUUUCUCAUGUGGUCACUCAAAUAAUAGUUAUUCUCAGAUUAAGAUAAUAACUCUUAGUUGAGUGACUAAAUGAGAAAUCUACCCAUAUUAAAAAUGGCUAGUUGACGCGAAAACAGUAAAUGCACAGAGUAUUGAUAACUCUAGCAUUUCAUCUGUAUUCUGCCUUUUAUUAGGUUUGCAGAGAUAAAUUACAGAAACCUCAGAUUUGGGAAGAUGUGCCUCAGCUGAAUGGGUUGUUUAUGUAACUCUUUAACAAGAGAAAAUUGGAGAUAUGGGCCGCGGAGUCAGCUAUGGAGGAGGGAAAAGUUCAUUGGGAUACUUAUUUAGAAGCGGUGAGGUGCUAAAAUCAACCACGACAAAGGCACCAGCUGUUCAAAGUGAAGGGCCGGCAAUAAAUAAGGAGCUAGCUUCAAAGCCUGCUGUUUCUGCUGUAGUUGAUGCUACUAAGCAGAUUGCUGCUGGUAUUCAGAGCACCGCUUCGAGAAACCAUUUUAGGUCAGAUGGUCAAAAUAUAGGUAACUUUAUCACGGUAUUGCCCUCGCGUCAAUUAGGAUGAUGUCUUUGAAAUGCGUGUAUGGAUCCUUUUUAUUGUUUGCUGGAGAAAUAUUUUUGAUUAUUCAAGGUAGAGUAAUAUAAAUAGCUUGCUUU